AUGCACUCUGCUUCCAGUAUGCUGGGAGCGGUGAAAAUGGAAGGACACGAGCCCUCGGACUGGAGCUACUACGGAGACCCUGAGGGCUACUCCUCCGUGAGCAACAUGAACGCGGGGCUGGGCAUGAACACGUACAUGAGCAUGUCGGCGGCCAUGGGCAGCGGCUCGGCGGGCAACAUGGCCCCCCCGUCCAUGAACAUGGGCACCUACGUGGGCGCGGGCAUGAGCCCGUCCCUGGCCGGCCUGUCUCCCGGGGCCGGGGCCAUGGCGGGCAUGGGGGCCCCGGCGGGGGCCGGGGUGGCGGGCAUGACCCCGCACCUGAGCCCCAGCCUGAGCCCGCUGGGCGGUCAGGGCGGGCUGGCGCCCUACGGGGCCAUGAGCCCGGUGUACGGGCAGACCGGGCUCGGCCGGUCCCGGGACCCCAAGAGCUACCGGCGCAGUUACACGCACGCCAAGCCGCCCUACUCGUACAUCUCCCUCAUCACCAUGGCCAUCCAGCAGAGCCCCAACAAGAUGCUGACGCUCAGCGAGAUCUACCAGUGGAUCAUGGACCUGUUCCCCUUCUACCGGCAGAACCAGCAGCGCUGGCAGAACUCCAUCCGCCACUCGCUGUCCUUCAACGACUGCUUCCUCAAGGUGCCCCGCUCUCCGGACAAGCCGGGCAAGGGCUCCUUCUGGACGCUGCACCCGGACUCGGGCAACAUGUUCGAGAACGGCUGCUACCUGCGGCGCCAGAAGCGCUUCAAGUGCGACAAGCAGCUGGCGCUGAAGGAGGGCGGCGGCGGCGGCGGCGGGAAGAAACCAGGCGGCGGGGGCCCGCACGCCCAGCUCCAGCUCGGGGAAGGCGGGGGCGGCGGCGGGGCGGCCGCCCCCGGCGGGUCCGACGGCUCCGGGGCCGCCGCCGAGUCUCCCCACUCCAGCUCCUCCCCGUGCCACGAGCACAAGCGCGGCUUGGGCGAGCUGAAGGGGCCCGCGGGGGCCACCCUGAGCCCCCCCGAGCCGGCCCCGGCCCCCGCCCCGUCCCCGGCCCAGCAGCAGGCCCACCUCCUGGGCGCCCCGCACCACCCCGGCCUGCCCCCGGACGCGCACCUGAAGCCCGAGCACCACUACGCCUUCAACCACCCAUUCUCCAUCAACAACCUCAUGUCGUCCGAGCAGCAGCAUCCGCACGCCCACGCCCACAGCCACCACCCGCCCCCGCCCCCGCACCCACACGGCCACCACCCGAAAAUGGACCUCAAGGCCUACGAACAGGUGAUGCAUUACUCGGGAUACGGCUCGCCCAUGCCCGGCAGCCUGGCCAUGGGCCCUGGCCCCAACAAGGCGGGACUGGACGCCUCGCCCCUGGCCGGAGACUCGUCUUACUACCAGGGGGUCUACUCCCGGCCCAUCAUGAACUCGUCCUGAGCCGGAGCGGGUCGGCCGGACGGCGGGCAGGA